AUGGCGAAUACGACGGCGCGCAACGCGCAUACGAUCCAUGGAACGAACCCACAGUUCUUGAUCGAGCGUAUUGUGCGUGCGCGUAUUUAUGACUCGCCGUACUGGAAGGAGGACUGUUUUGCGCUGAACGCGGCGACGCUUGUGGACAAGGCAGCGGCGCUGCAGUAUGUGGGCGGCACGUUUGGAUUGCAGCGGCCCAGUCCGUUUCUGUGCUUGGUGUGCAAGCUACUGCAGCUGCAGCCAGAGCGAGAGAUUGUGCUGGCAUAUUUGGAAGCGGAAGAUCUUAAGUAUCUGCGCGCACUUGCGGCGAUGUAUGUGCGGAUGACGUUUCCUCCUAUGGACGUGUACGAGCUGCUCGAGCCAUUGCUGGACGAUUACCGCAAGGUACGGUGGCGGGAUAUGGCGGGACAGUACUCGCUCUCACAUAUGGACGAGUUUGUGUUUGACUUGCUGACGGAGGAGCGUGUAUGCGGCUUGAUUCUACCGAGAUUGACGCGGCGUGCAUUGCUGGAAGAAAAAGGGCUGCGGCCGCGCAGGUCGAAGCUCGAGACGGCGCUUGUGCUGGGCGAUGCAGAAGGGCUUGCAGAUGAGGCGUAUGCGAGCGACGACAGCAUGCAAAGGAUUCGUACUGCGCGCAGCAAGAAGGUGCAGGAUGCCGAUCGGACCCGAGCGGCGCUGCGGCAGCGAGAGGCGAAUGCGUUGGGGUAUGCUGUGGAAGAGGACUAUGCGUCGCAGCAGGAAGAAGAGGAAGAGGAGCGUAUGUUUGUUCGGAUUAGGGGAGGGAGUGAGGAGGAUUGGGCAAGUGGCAGGAGUGGCGGGAGUGUCUCGCCGGACAGGAGGAGUAUUUCGCCGGACAGGAGGAGUGUCUCGCCGGACAGGAGGAGUAUUUCGCCGGACAGGAGGAGUGUCUCGCCGGACAGGAGGAGUAUUUCGCCGGACAGGAGGAGUGUCUCGCCGGACAGGAGGAGUAUUUCGCCGGACAGGAGGAGUGUCUCGCCGGACAGGAGGAGUAUUUCGCCGGACAGGAGGAGUGUCUCGCCGGACAGGAGGAGUAUUUCGCCGGACAGAAGUAUCUCGCCGGAUAGGAUUCUCUCUCCUCGCUGCAUGUCUAUAUCUCCGGAUAGGGACCCGUGA